AUGGCUCGUCCUACACGCGCUGCGACAUAUGCAGACUUCUUUACGCCUCGCUGUCACCAGCCUCAACCGCGAAGGCCAAGAGGAAACGAGAGAAUACGGGAGGCUGCUGCAAAACACUCGUGUGCUAGUCAAUGCUCAGACUGGCUUUGUAUCUUGAACGAGUCGUUCUGGUUGUCGAGACGCAGCCGCAUAUUGAUGAUGAAGGAGUUCAUGCCCACUCCGAAGGCGCCUCCGAAACGACAAGUUCCUUCGUCGUCGACCCGUCUGCGCAUCUCGAGGAGUAGGUCCCUCAACAGUCUCCCUCUCCCUCAUUCUCGAUACGCCUCGAAUAGUAGCCAAGUUAACGCAAGUCCUUGGACUCCUCCCCCGGAGGCAAAGGGUAGCUUCGACCGAUUGGAAUUUCUCACUGCUUCACCUGCGGCAAAUAUUGAUGUUGAAGAGACUCUUGCGGCACUUGACAAAAUCGAGAAUACUCCAUACGUGCAUGACCUCAGACAAACCAAGGCCCUGUCGUUAUUGGAUCGCUUAUUGACAGAAGCAGAAGAAGGGUAUACCAACGUAGACAUUUCCACCCUUCAUGAGCAAGGUCAUCGCAUCCAACAUCAUAUCCGUAUAUUCGCCAGCGACAUCAACCCCCUCUCGAAAAGGAAUAUACGCUAUGCGUGUCUGGAGGCGCGGUGUCAUGCUCUAGUUGGUGACUUGCAGUCCGCUACGGCUGCAUUACACAAGAUCGAGAAGAUGCCACUUAUUUACGAGGAACGAGGCAUUAUCCUUCGUGUAUACAAUAACAUCUUGCGAUCGACUCGACGGCAUUACGAUGACAUCCGUGUGUUGGACUUCGUGCUCGCGGAAUGGAUGAACAUCGGGUCAUUUCUUUCGGUUCGACCAAGCCAGUGGCAUCAUUCGGCGCCCAGGAAAGAGGGAAUUACUCUUCGGGAGACAGCGUAUAUCAGCUUGGCGAACAUCAACCACCCACAGACUCUGUUAGCGGAUAGGCAAGAUUGGGACGAGGAGCGUCGGUUGAGGUUGGGGCAGCUUCUAAUCGAAGCCUUGUGCUCACGGACUCUCGCCGUGGACGCUCAUUCUGUUUUUCAAGAGAUGUCUCGACAAGGCCUUGAUGUGGAGCAUCGCCUACGACUCUCUCUCGUUCGUUCCCUGGCUCGAGAAGGCAAGUUUGGGUAUGCUAAUGCCCUAUACCAUUCCUUGGAUUCGACUGGAGUGUACCCGUAUCGUAUAGCGACGGGGCUGUAUCUAUAUGCGCAUCAAGGCGACGUUGUACAAGCUGAACGGUAUUUCGAACGACUGUCAAAGGAGGAUCGUUGGGUCGGGGAGCCGGAGACCGCGAUGCUAAUAUACUCCUAUGCCACGAACGGAAGAACGGAGGACGCCAUAGCAGUAUUCGAACAACUGUUUCCCAACCGGGAAGAAGGAGAGUUCGGCUCCCCCAAAGCAAUCCAUUACUCGAUUAUAAUCUACGCUUUCGCCCAGAAGGGCGAUUUCUCCGCGAUGAACGAGUGGCUGGAGAUAAUGGCCUCGGCGGGGUUUCCACCGGAUAUCUAUGUCUACAGCAUCAUUCUGAGGGGGUUUGCUCUUCGUGGCGAUGUAGAUUCCAUCAUUGCCGUCCUGGAUCAAAUGCGAGCAGCUAACAUUCUACCCACGGUCGUAACCUACACGACUGCGAUUACCCUUCUUGCGCGUAGGAAGGACCCUAUAGCUGUAGAAUCUGUCUACAAGCGCGCAAUUCAAGAGGGUAUAAUCCCGGAUCGCAAGAUGAUCAAUACGGUCAUGAAUGCACACGUCGAAGCUGGCUCGUGGAAUGGUGUUAUCAGGGCAUUCGACUAUCUCAACUCAUCCCCCAUGCGACACGCUCGUCUCGCUAUCGAAACCUACAACACACUGCUGAAGGCGUACAUCCUGAUCGGCGCUCCGUUUCGCGUUGUGUCGAAGUUGUUCUCUCGGCUGGAGUCGACUGGCGUCAGGCCGGACAAUAUCACAUUCACGCUCCUUGUGCAAUCUGCAUGCGACUCCGGACUCAUGGACGUGGCAUCUGAGAUCGUCGAAGAGAUGGACAGGCUUUCAACUCAGCCCAACUCAGAUAUCAAGGUGGACGUCUACGUCUUGACAAUCGUUAUGGCGGGCUUCCUACGCUUGGGCAACAAGAUUCGAGCGAAGGAGAUCUACGAGGAGAUGCAGACCCGGGGAAUCCAACCUACGUCCUUAACCUUCGGUGCCAUAUUGAGGGCAUAUGGUCGCGAGAACUCAGACGAGAGUCUGCAGAUCGCUGAAGAGUUCGUGAACAGUCUGAUGUCGUCGGAGUCGCCCAGGACGUGGGACGCGCCCGCUCAUGGUGGCAAAUCUGCGUUGAGUCAGAUCUACGGACCCCUCAUAGCGUCAUUCGCAAGGAAGCAACGGCCGAAGGACGUGGAGCGGGUGUUUCAAGGUUAUCUCGACGCUGGCGGCGCGCCUACAAUUGGCAUCUUGUCAACCCUGUUGAACUGCUACCGCUGUGUAUUCAACGUCGAAGCCGCCAAACAAGUAUGGCCGCAGAUCUUUCAGCUAGGUCUCCGCUAUACCAGGAUGCCCACGCUUUUCGAGAAUACGAAGGGCGAUGUUCAUUUGAGUCGGUUGCAGGCAAAUAUCCUAUGUAUCCCCCUGUCCAUAUACAUCGACGUCCUCUCCGCCGCUGGGUUGCACACCGAAAUCGCUGAAGUGUGGGGCAAGUUUCAAGCUCAUGGAUUCGCCUUCGACUCCCACAACUGGAAUCAUCUUACUGUCGCUCUUAUAAGAGCCGGAGAGCCGGAGCGCGCCUUCGAAGUGCUGGAAAGGGUUAUAUUACCCUUCCAACGCCAGACGGACCAUUUGCUUAGAUUGCGAAACGAGUCGCCCGAUACACCGUUGUCUUUCGACAGGUUGCCCGCACGAGAAGAUCUACUGUCUGAACCUUCCGAAGACCCUCCGAUGCAUAGUGCAGAACGUCGUGCCAAGGCCGCAAACACUGUCUUCAAGCAGAUUAGGCAGGCAUCUGAGGAGGAAACCGAUCUCUUCGAGGGCGACUCAGGCGACUUCGCGCAUCCUUUGCGAGUUCUCCAUCAGAUCUCUCCGUCUUGGAACAUCUGGGCUCCACACAAUGCCACCCUUAGCGUGCUGCUCAUGGUUUUAACUCGGCUUCAAGAAGGUACACUCAUGGAUCCCGUGCAACCCGAAGGCAUCCCGUUGACUGGGGCGGACGCCCAAGAUCAGGCGAAGAGUGCGAUAGCUCGAGAGAUACUUGGGCGGAUCUAUGCCAAUUAUCCGAAAGCUGUUCAAGUCGUUCUCGAGCACAAGUCGAAGGAGAGGCGCCGUUUGGGCUCUGAUUACGAUCAGACAUACAAUUGGCGGUAG